UCUGUUGGCCCAAAACCUCCAGGCCGUGACUCCGUCGUGCAGAAGUAAGACUAGAGCAGACGACAGGGGACCAAGUCACCAAACUUAAAACUCAAAAGCAAGCAUCCGCCGGAGAAAUCUCAAAUUCUUUACAGUGAUCUGCUCCCAUGUCCACCCACUCCUUCUUUUGACUUUUUACAAAGAAUCUCUCUUCUUGAUCUUUCAAACAAAGGAACAGAACAGGAUUAAGGACACGAGGAGAAGAAGGGGAUGGGGGUAGCAGUGGGCAUGGAUUCACUGACCGAGAGAGCCGCUAUGAUGAGAGAGUCGCUGCAAAAGAGCCAGACCAUCACCGACAAAGUCGUCUCCAUCCUCGGCUCCUUUGACCACCGCCUCUCUGCCCUCGAGAGUGCCAUGCGUCCUACUCAGAUUAGAACACAUUCUAUUAGGAAAGCUCACGAGAAUAUCGACAAGACUUUGAAGGUUGCUGAGGUUUUACUGGCCCAAUUCGAUCUUUCUCGUCAGGCAGAGACAAAAAUACUUAGAGGGCCACAUGAGGACUUGGAGAGUUAUCUAGAAGCAAUCGGUCAACUAAGAGGCAACAUUAAGUUUUUUAGCAGCAAAAAGGGCUUUAAAAGUAAUGAUGGGGUCCUCAACAAUGCAAACAACCUACUUGCAAAGGCUAUUUCAAAGCUAGAAGACGAGUUCAAGAAGCUAUUAUUGUCUUACAGUAAACCUGUGGAGCCUGAUCGUCUUUUCGAUGGCCUUCCAAACUCAUUGAGACCAUCUUCAGAAUCUCCUGGGCACCAGGGUGACUCUAAUGGCAAGAAUCCUUCCAAUAACCACUCUGAGCACCAGAAAAGUAACUUAGAAAAUGCUGUUUACACUCCUCCAACUCUUAUACCACCACGGAUCCUACCACUGCUCCAUGAUUUGGCUCAGCAAAUGGUUCAAGCUGGUCACCAACAGCAGUUACUCUUAAUUUACAGGGAUACCCGCUCUUCUGUUUUGGAAGAAAGCCUUCAAAAAUUGGGAGUUGAAAAGCUUAGCAAAGAAGAUGUUCAGAAGAUGCAAUGGGAGGUCUUAGAGGCCAAAAUUGGGAAUUGGAUUCACUUCAUGCGUAUUGCUGUCAAACUGCUUUUUGCUGGAGAGCGUAUAGUUUGUGAUCAAAUAUUCGAAGGCUUCGAUUCUCUCACGGAUCAGUGUUUUUCUGAGGUUACUUCAAGUAGUGUUUCAGUGCUACUUAGCUUUGGGGAUGCGAUUGCCAAAAGCAAGAGAUCCCCUGAGAAGUUAUUUGUACUCUUGGACAUGUAUGAGAUAAUGCGGGAACUUCAUUCAGAGAUUGAAUUGAAAUUCAAAGGUAAAGCUUGCACUGAAAUAAGAGAAGCAGCCUUUGGUUUGACAAAACGGCUUGCACAGACAGCUCAGGAGACUUUUGGGGAUUUUGAAGAAGCUGUUGAAAAAGAUGCAACUAAAACUGCUGUAUUGGAUGGAACUGUCCAUCCUUUGACAAGUUAUGUCAUUAACUACGUGAAGUUUUUGUUCGACUACCAGUCAACGUUGAAGCAACUUUUCCAAGAAUUUGAUAACAAAGAUGGAACAGGUUCACAAUUGGCCUCUGUGACAAUGAGAAUAAUGCAGGCCCUCCAAACCAAUUUGGAUGGAAAAUCCAAGCAGUAUAGAGAUCUUGCUUUGACCCAUUUAUUUCUCAUGAAUAAUAUUCACUAUAUGGUCAGAUCUGUACGCAGAUCAGAGGCCAAGGAUUUGUUAGGGGAUGAUUGGGUGCAAAGACACAGGAGGAUAGUGCAGCAGCAUGCAAAUCAAUACAAAAGGAAUGGUUGGGCAAAGAUUCUUCAGUGCCUCUCCAUCCAAGGCCUAGCCUCGUCUGGGGGUGGGAGUUCGGUGGGUGUUGAUGGAGGAAAUAGUAGUGGAGCUUCAAGAGCGUUGGUCAAAGAGAGGUUCAAGACAUUCAAUAUGCAAUUUGAGGAACUUCAUCAAAAGCAAUCUCAGUGGGCAGUUCCUGACACUGAGUUACGAGAGUCUCUCAGGCUUGCCGUUGCAGAAGUCCUGUUGCCAGCCUACAGAUCUUUUGUAAAACGUUUUGGGCCUCUUGUUGAGAAUGGAAAGAAUCCUCAAAAGUACAUCAAGUACUCGGCAGAGGAUCUUGAACGAAUGCUGGGUGAAUUUUUUGAGGGAAAGAACUUGAACGAACCCAGGCGGUAGAUUUGAACCAUUUCUCGUCGUGUUUCUGAUAAGGCUGACCAUUGACCUUUGGUAUGGUGGUACAUAUGUCACUCUCCUUUACCGGAGAGUCGUGGUUCAGUUAUGGUGGUCACAUGUAUGUGCCUCUGAGUGCUGGUGAAAAAAAAUAAAGAAAGAAAGAAAUCAGAUUAUAAUGUUUGCAUUUGCUUUGUAAAAUUCUGAAUAAUGGGGUGUCUCAGUGUCUGUCUCCAUUCUCUCCUCUAAGAGCAACUUGUGUAGUUUGGUGUGGCAUUGUUCGAGGGCGUGUGCAUGCAAACAGAUAUUCCGGUUUCAAAGUAUACAUAUUUCCUUCCAA